UUUAGAGAGUUUACAUGCCAAACUACGUUUAAAAAUACGACCGCUUAAAUUAGCAACUGCUUUGCAAAAAUGGGGGGGAAUGUGCAUAUAAGACAUGAUUUACAUAAGACAUUUCAGUUGCCGUAAGCCAUAUCCAUCUUGAGUAAAAGUCCGACGUUGCUCAAGCGUCCUCCACAAGAUGCAGUCACUUUGAAUGAGGACGUGGUGAACCAGAGCCCUCGAAGACGCUUACCCUUCGAGGGCUCUGGGUGAACCAAUUCAAAACGCUAUUUAUUAUUGACGAGUAAGUUUCUGGAGUCAUGCACGGGCGCGCCGAAUUGACGAGUUGGUGCUGAUGAUUCACAAUCAAGUUAUAUUUUAUGAUGCAUUGUAUGUUUCCACAAAGCAGAGCAAAUACAACUUUUAAUAGUCCUACUUUUUGAACUCCGUUCAGUCUCUAUAGUCCUCCCACGCGAGGCUGGUGGUGACGUAAUCCACUGACCGUACAGUCACUGGAGCGUACAAUUAGGUCAGUAGUACCUUAGCAUUCGUUUCUUUGGUGUUAUUAGCUAACUUAUCGGCAAGUACGCGAAAGGGUAACUUAAUGUAGUUUACAAUAGCCAACCACAGUGAUGAAACGGAGAGUGUGAUAACCACAAUUGCUGCUUAAAGUUAUCCAUGGUUGGACUCAAAACUUGCUAGCCACCCCUACCCUAAGUGUAGCGUCAAAAAAAAAGUCAAGUGGCUAGCGUUACAGCUAUAAGGCGAAGCUAGGCAAACAUUACAUGGCUAACCGGUUCCGUUGACAGAGGUUGACUUAUCGCGCUGCAUGCUUGGCACUGACAUGAUGGUUGUGAACUAGCGGUGCUGUCAAUUGAAUGUCUACAAUUGACAAACAAAGCUGUAUCUUUAGUUUGGCAGCCGACUGCUUUGGACGGCAAGAUAAUGUUAGCUAGCUAGCUAAAGCGGGCGGCAGCGUUAGCUUUAGCAAAACAAGAGGUCUGCUUUGGGAGUCAGCUGACAGCCUGCUGUAAGCUGCCAACAGACCAGUGAUGGAUCAACUCAAAGUAAAGGAUCGCAUAUUGGAAAACAUCUCCCUGUCUGUCAAGAAGUUGCAGAGUUACUUUGCGGCCUGUGAAGAUGAGACUCCAGCCAUCCGAAAUCAUGACCGGGUCCUUCAGCGCCUCUGUGAACAUCUUGACCAUGCUCUGCUGUAUGGCCUGCAAGACAUCUCCUCAGGCUACUGGGUCCUGGUCCUUCACUUCACCAGGAGAGAGGCUGUCCGUCAGAUAGAUGAGCUUCAGAACAUAGCAACCAACCUCGGUCGAAGCCGUGCAUGGUUAUACCUGGCAUUGAGCGAGAGCUCUUUAGAGAGCUAUCUACGCCUUUUCCAGGAGAACCAAGCGUUACUGCAGAAGUAUUAUUUCAAGAAUGCACUGGUAUGCAGUCAUGACCACCUCACACUCUUCCUCACGCUGGUGUCUGGCCUGGAGUUCAUUCGCUUUGAUCUGGAGCUGGAUGUGCCCUAUCUGGAUGUGGCCCCCUACAUGCCAGAAUACUACAAACCCCAGAACCUGCUGGACUUUGAGGAAAGGCUGCCCAGCUCAGACAGCUUGUCCCUGCACUCUUUCACCUCCCUCACCUCCACCAACCUGGAGUGGGAUGACAGUGCCAUAGCCCCCUCCAGUGAAGAUUAUGAUUUCGGUGACAUCUUCCCCGUGUUGCAGUCAUUGCCAAGUGCAGACUGGGAAGAGGGUGACCUGACUGACCAGGCCAGCUGCCCACGAUCCAGUGGCUCUGAUCCCCAGACAGUCAUCAGCGACACAGUGGUCCUUUCUGCUGGCACUGUCAAGGUGAAGGCAGCAGCUUAUCUUGCUCCACAUAGCCCCACGUACAGACACAACCCCUUCAACGAGGACUCGGACACUAACACCACCAACACCUCAGCCGACGGAACGCCAGUUCAUGUGGCCAGCCGCUACUACAGCGCCACCACUGGAGAUGACACAGAGAGCACCAGCAAUGAGCUGGAGGUCAUCAGGAUGGCCAGACGACGGAAACCAGCCAAGAAGCGACGAGGGAAGGGCUCCACAGAUUCUAUCGGCAGCAUCCAUAACUCUGUCUCCUCUGAGCAUUUGGAAAUGGACAACAGCCUCUUGGCCUCGGAGGAUAUAAAUUCAUUAAACGGCACUGUGUUCCAAGUGGAUGCUGAGGCAGAGUUGAGGAGAAGCAGGGUGGGAUCAGAGGUUGUAGAGGAAGGCGAUGAGGACGGAAUAGAAGGCCUCCUACGGCUCCCAGAGAUGACGGACACCUCCAUGGACACCGUGGGCCAACCCCUCCGUGAUGUCAUGGACCGGCUCAACGGGUCUUUAGAUAGGGAGGAGGCCUGGGAGCACCGAGAGGAGAAAAGCAGCGAAGGCUGUGACCGGAGCCCCGAGCCCCCUGCACAGCAGCCCUUUCGAGAGGAUUCAGGGGGCGAGCCCCCUGACCCAGCGGCAGGAGAGACGUCUCCCUCCCGUCUGGCCACAAUGCACAACUUCCUGCAGGCCUCUCCUGCGCCUACAGACUUACGCUGCUUUACCCCCAACAGUCCAGACUCUACUUCCACUGGUGGUGGCCACUAUGACUCUCCAGAGCAUAGCCAGUCGCAGACUCUUUCAGGUGGCCUUGAAGAUGAAGGAGCGGCAAAAGCGUCAGCAGGACAGAAGCCCGACGUGAAGACCAGGGAGCAAGGCACUGAAGAUCGAGACAAAAAAACAUUUGCUGAGGAAGCAGAAAGUUCUCAUCCUGCAGAGUUUAAGGUGGACAACAAUCACUUGCUUCUUCUCAUGAUUCAUGUAUUCAGAGAGAAUGAGGAGCAGCUCUUCAAGAUGGCGAGAAUGAGCACAGGCCAUAUGGAGGGGGACCUGCAGCCCCUUUACCUGCUGCUGACUGACUGUUACAUCUACCUUCUUAGGAAGGGUGCAGCAGAGAAGCCCUACACAGUAGAAGAUGCUGUUUCUUAUAAUGAGCUGGACUAUCUUUCGGUGGGCCUUGACCAACAGACAGUGACGGUGGUUUGCACUAACAGACGAAGAAAAUUCCUGUUAGACACAGCUGAUGCCUCUCUGACUGUGUGGCUCUUGUCUGUUCUCAAGUCAGCCAUGGUGAAAGGUUGCCGUGAGCCUCCUUACCCCUCUGUGCUGACUGAUGCUACCAUGGAAAAACUGUCUCUCUCUAAGUUUGUUUCCCAGGAAUCUCACUGUGAGGUAUAUGAAGUAUCUAUCCAACUGUAUUCACUAGUCCACUGGGAGGAUCCUAUGGACAUGACUUUGUCACCCCAGGGUGGCCCACUGAACUCUGGACUACAUUCCAGCACCAAGGAGGGGACUCUGCAGUACCGGGCAGGAAACACCUACCUGGGCAAAGAGCUGUGGAAAAGCUGCUACCUCGUCCUUAGCAAGGGAAUUCUGUACCUGUAUGCAGAAAGAACUGAUGUGACACCUCUGCUGUCGGUCACUAUGGGAGGAGAGCACUGUGGAGGCUGCCGUCGCUCAAACAGCACAGAGCGUCCCCACGCCUUCCAAGUCAUCCUGACCGAGCGACCGCCAUUGGAGCUCAGCGCCAACAAUGAGCAGGACAUGGCCGACUGGAUGCUGCUGCUUUGCCAGUCCGUCUCCAAAGGGGUCAUCCCUCAAGGUGUGGCCCCCACUCCGUGUAUCCCGUGUUGCCUGGUGAUGACAGACAGGAAGCUGCUUACUUGCCAUCAGGACUGUCAGACCAGCUUCUUCCGUUCACUGGGCAGCGCCGAUAUCUGUGAUGUCACUUUUGUCAGCGUGGAGGCCGACAAGGAGUACUGUGUCAUUGAGUUUGCAGCAGAUCGGACCCAGUUCCUUCCUCCGUGGGUGUUGUACUUCAGCGGCUGUGAAGAGAGAAAUCGACUGCUGGAGGUGUUAGACAACACAUGGAAGGCCAUUUUCCAGGUCAACCUUCCCCACAGAGAAGUGUUGGAUCCGUCUGUGCAAAAGCGUUGUGGUGAGGCCCUCGCCCUGAUGAAUAGUGCCUGGCAGAGGGCAGACAGUCUGGCCCGAGGCAGAGCCCAGCGUGAACCCUGGUGCUGACAGACACACACAUGCACGCAUACACUUACCUGUGUGUAGCCACUGAGAAAAACUGAUCAGUCUCAUAAAGGGCCAGGAUAAAUGGAUUUGACUCUGGCAUACAGUCUGUGUCACUGUGAACUAAAAUCGGACGUGGUUAUUGGUUGUCCCACUACUGCGUGAGCUUGUGAUGCACCUGUAAAUCACUGAUGGCAUGUUUCUAUCAGAGAAACUUCCUGCAGAAGUAGCAAUGCAUAUUGCACAUCACAGUGAUGCAACCGCAAGACAUUCACACUUAAUUAAAUGAAGAAUUUUAACAGAACGAUACAACAGAUUUUAUUUAAUCCAAAUGAUACAUUGUGAUUAUUCCUUUUGCUCAAAGUCCAUGUCAAAAGUCAAGCCUUGACUUUGAUAUGUAAACAGGACUGGAAAUGAUUUAACACAUAUUUAGUCCAUUGAGGUAGCUGAGUAGGGAGGAAGAUAAGGAUCAAUUACUAGCAGCUUCCCAACGUUUUCUUUAAAAAAAUCAAUGUCAAGAAAGCCAUAACUUGUAUGCAGUUGAUGCUUGUUUUUCGACGUAGAAAAGGUCACACUCGUUGCCUGUGAUCGCACAAGUCACACAACUGUGUGGAGAUAAUCCUUGCUUAACAGUCACAAGAUGUUCUACUUAAUCCAAACUAUCGUACAAUUAUAGAGCAAAUGUACAGCGCUGUGCAGUAUCGACGCUAAAUCAGUCACCAAUGGUUGUGUACGUGUCUGAUAUUCAGUUUUGGUUUGUCACAUUUUACAUUAACUUGAGAGAAUGAAUAGCAUAUGAUAGCAUAUCAUAUGGAGAAUAUUUGGAAAUUGUGUGAGAUCUUGCUAUACCUAUUUAAACGUUGUCAGUCAGAUUAAAAAAAAAAAACUAUCAGGAAAUUUGCCUUUUAUCUCCACUCU